AUGGGUACCCUCUUUGUUUCAGAUUACAUUCCUUUCAUGGGUUGGAUUGAUAAACUUAGGGGGCUUCAUGCACGUCUACGAACAUUCAAGGAGAUGGAUGAUUUCUACCAUGAGGUCAUUGAUGAACACAUGGAGUAUUCUCAUAAAAAGACCCCAGAGGAAGAGGACAUCGUUGAUGUCUUACUUCAACUGAAAAAGCAUCAUUCAUUUUUCAUAGAUCUCACUAAUGAUAAAAUAAGCAGUGUUAAUGGUUUGAAUCUUCGUUCCUUCGAAUUUAAUUCCUUCCCUUUACUUCAAUUCGCAGAGAAGGAAAUGAAAAACGUGCUCCUAGGAGCAACAGAUACAACCGCAGCCACAACAGUAGACCCUGAGGCUUGGAAAGAUCCAGAAGAGUUUGUACCUGAGAGUUCACGUAUGGUAUUUGUCACAUUGGAUAUUGGGCUUGCUAAUCUUCUUCAUUCCUUUGACUGGGAAUUCCCAGAAGGAAUGAAAAGGGAAGACUUCAAAUGCAUUAGUUUGGUUGAGAAAGAGGAAGUUGAUAAAGCGGAGGAGGUGGUGCGACGAGUUGAAAUUGUAAAGUCCGUCGCGUACAGGCCGAUAGUAGGUUUGUACUAUGAUGCACAUCAUGAUCCGGUUGAUCAUUAA